AUGUCGUGCACGUCGGCGAUAUCGGCCGCCCUGUGAAUCCCUCGUAAGUCAAGAUGACAAGUUGUCUCUUGCCGUGUCCUGAGAUGGAGAGCGGGGAACGCGCCGAAGGUGGUGAACGGCAGCGGUGAAAGCGAGCGAUCGUGAGCGUUGUCGAUGUCAAGCCGAAGGCACAAAAUUGAACAGAAUGUCUUUCCUGCGCGGCUCCGCCAACUACGUCUGGUGCACCACCAGCGUGCUUGGCAAGGGUGCGACCGGCGCGGUCUUCCAGGGUGUCAACAAGAACAACGGCGAGCCAGCGGCGGUCAAAACGUUCAACCAGCUGAGCCACAUGCGACCGCACGACGUGCAGAUGCGGGAGUUCGAGGUGCUGAAGAAGGUCAAGCAUGAAAACAUCGUCAAGUUGUUGGCGAUCGAGGAGGAGCAGGAUGGCCGUGGUAAGGUGAUUGUCAUGGAACUUUGCACCGGCGGCAGCCUCUUCAACAUCCUCGACGAUCCUGAGAACACGUAUGGCUUGGCCGAGAGUGAGUUCCUAUUGGUGCUGGAACAUCUGUCGGCUGGUAUGAAGCAUCUGCGUGAUAACAAUCUGGUCCAUCGGGAUUUGAAGCCAGGUAAUAUAAUGAAAUUCAUCGCUGACGACGGCAGCACCGUGUAUAAACUGACUGACUUUGGAGCUGCCCGGGAAUUGCAGGAGGACCAGCAGUUCGUUUCUCUGUACGGUACGGAGGAGUACCUGCACCCGGACAUGUACGAGCGCGCUGUCUUGAGGAAGCCCGUCAGCAAGAUGUUCGGCGCGACCGUCGACCUGUGGUCCAUAGGGGUAACUCUCUAUCAUGUCGCCACUGGGAACCUGCCGUUCCGUCCGUUCGGCGGCCGGCGGAACAAAGAGACCAUGUACCAUAUCACCACGAAGAAAAUGUCGGGCAUGAUAUCCGGACUGCAGACCUCGGAGAACGGGCCGAUCGAGUGGAGUCGGGAACUGCCGCAGAACUGUCAGCUGAGCGCCGGCCUGAAGAAGAUAGUGACGCCGUUGUUGGCCGGCCUGCUCGAGGCGGAUCCGCAGAGGAUUUGGAGCUUCGAGCGGUUCUUCAGCGAGGUCACCGACACGCUGUGCCGGAAGCCUGUUCACAUAUUCAACGUGCACAAGGCCAGCCUCAUCAAAGUCUUCCUCCAUCCGGAGGAGAAGCUGGUCGCCCUGCAGAUACAUAUUCAAGAUCAAACGGAGAUCAUGCCACACGCGCAGAUCUUGCUUCUCGGCGAGACACCGCUUACGAGCCUCGUCGAGGAGUCAACACCGGGUAAAGGUUAUCCCGACACCAGCAACGACAAACCGCUGAUGCUGUUUUCGCGGGAGAACAACAAUGUGCUGCUGCCGAUGGAAGGCGAGCUACCAAAGUUCCCCGUUUUUCCCAACAUCGUCUCCGUGGAGAACGACGCGAUCCAAGCGAAAGUCGCCUGCUCCGUCGGUUACGUCUGCAAACGAAGAAUAGACAAGCUAGCCUUGUGCAGCAAGUUGUCGCGCGACGCGAUAGAGGCGUUCAGCGGGCUCUUGUCUUUGGAGCUUACUCGAGUGUUGGGCAAGUACCAGCAUUCCAGGGAGUUCACGAAAGCUAUCGAGGACACCGUACUGGCGAUCGAGAGGAUUGAGAACUUCGCCAAACAGGUAUUCCGCAAGUUCGGCGGCCAGAGCGCCGUGGAGACGAAGAAUUGGCGGAAAGAACUAGACGCAAAGGGCAAGGAACUCGCGACCGAGCUGGCGCCGGCAAUAGUGCAGCUUCAUCAGAGGUACGUAAAAGAGGGUAGUUUACGCGGUGAAUGGGACAAUAGUACCCGCGACCUAUGGUGCCCGUGGGCCACAAAAGCGAGCCAACGGGCAGCGACAUUGGUGGAUCGUCUGAGGGACGGUUGGCAACAUCUGCUGAGGGACCGUGCCACUCGUAGUCUCACCUACAAUGACGAACAGUUUCAUGUUCUCGAACGUAUAAAGGUGACGGAAACAGGACGCAGGUUGAAGACGCUCCUCGAGACUGAGUGUGUACCAGCCAUGACGCAGCGGUCCGAGUGUGUCGCCGAUUGGUACAAGAUGGCGCAGACGGUGUACCUGCAGACGCAGAUAUUGGAUAAGGACAUAGACAGCUACGAGCACGCCUUGGAGUCGUUCUCCUAUCGCUUAUCGCAGGAGAGCAAGGAGCGUCACGAAAGCCUGCUGCACUCGCUGGACCGGCUACCGGGCAAGCCGAAGACCACCGAGAAGACGAGCGUGCCCGCCCAGGAGAGCACGAAGAAAUGGCGCAAUAUCUGCGACGUGCAAGAACAAAUUACGGUAAUACUUUAUGAAAACGGUCAGCUCAUAGAUCAGCUUGACCAUUUGUCGGCGAUUGAUAAAUUGGAAGAUAUAGGGGAUUCGGAAUAUCAGCUCUAAUACGGGCAAUCUUGUCAUUUCUCCAUCAAUCCUGACGAUACUUAAAUGAGAUGAAGACUGAAAAUUAGGGUAUAGAUUUAGAGAGAUACGAUAUACGAUGUACAUAUGCGCGCUAAUGUGUACAGAUCUAAGGAUAUAAUGUAAAAACCGUUGAACAUGUCUUAUUGUUACCUUUAUCAAGUAAACUACAAACUUUAAGGUCAACUUAUAUCGUCGUUUUUAUUUCCGAUGCAACGUGAGAACGAUUGCAUCGCAAUAAAUAAUAAUUAUAGCUCUCGAGAGAAGCUAUAAUACAACAAAGCUAAACGUAAACGUGUAUACAGUUCUGUUGUAUGAUUAUGCGGGGCACAUGGUAUAAAACUAGCAAAUUAGAUGUAUCCUUCGCGUAUAUCACGCGUAUAAAGUCGCUACGCGCAGUUUCAUUGCGUGAUUUACGCGUCUA